AUGGGGGACAACGUCCAGUCAAAAGCCCCAGAAGCUCGAAAGGUCGAGCUUCACACCUCCCGCCUUCUGCUCCGUGCGGCAGUGCAGGAAGAUGCGGAAGCCAUGCAUGAAGCCUUCAGCGAUCCUGAAGUGAUGCGCUACUGGAGCACACCACCACACGCAGACCUCGCACGCACCCAGAAAUGGAUGCUCUCCAUGACAGAAAGCGACGGCAAUGGCGUUCGUGACUUUAUCAUCUGCCUGAAGCCUGACUUGACUCCGAUCGGAAAAUGCGGCGUCUGGCAAGACACAGAGAUCGGCAUCAUAAUUUCGAGGGAGCACUGGGGAAAAGGUUUAGCAUUGGAGGCGCUGCAAGCUGUUCUACCACGGCUGUUUGACCAGCUCAGCUUCGAGGAGCUGGUUGCUGAUAUAGAUCCACGAAACAAGGCAAGCGAGGCGCUGUUGAAGAAGGUCGGAUUUGAGGAUUAUAGGUAUGAGGAGAAGACGAUGCAAGUUGGAGUUGAGUGGGUUGAUAGUCAGUAUCUGAAGCUUACGAAGGAGGAAUGGAGGAGGUCAGGUCCAAACCCAACGCCGUACGGCUCCGGCAUGGGCCGUACUCCCAUGCGCAACUACGGCCCUCAACCAACAUACAAAGCCUACGUGUCACCUUAUGGUCCCAAAACAAAACAUCUCCCCAACUUCUGGGGCCUCACAUUCCCCAAAGCCGUGCGCUACGGCAGCAUAGCAGCCGGGUUCGGUGUGUCAGCAGGCGUCUUUGCGCUGUUCUUCUUGGGCGAGGUGCCGAAGGUGCGGAACGAUAUCCUGUCCAAGUUUCCCGUGAUUGGGCCGUACUUCAUCAGGGAGAUCCCGCCGGAGGAUAACCCGUUCUAA